ACUUCAUUUUGUUAUAUAUCCUUAAAUCAGCUACACCCGCCCACCCCUCUCUCUCUCUCUCUCUCUCUCUCUCUCUCCUUGAGCUGCAGUUAGCUAGGUAGCCACCAUUGGCAUCCCAUAAAACAAACCCGUUGGUCACAAGUUCUGGUAGAAAACUCUUAACAUCUAUAUUAUAGCAUGCACCAAGCUUGCCAUGGGCGUGGACAUGUCUAACAAUCCACCAACUUCUCGCACCAAGGACUUCUUUGCCUCCCCAGCCCUCUCCCUCAGCCUCGCUGGGAUUUUUCGUGAUGCUGGAGAGGCGGCGGUGGCUAGCAGGGAAGUGGAGGAAGGAGACGAGGGCAGCGGAGGCGCAGGCAGUGUCCGUCGGAGAGAAGACACGGCAGAGAUUAGUAGUGAGAACUCGGGGCCCGCGAGGUCAAGAUCGGAAGAUGAAUUCGAUGGAGAAGGAGAGCAUGAUGAAGAUGAUGGUGAUGGAGACAACAAGAAUAAGAAGAAGAAGAGAAAGAAGUACCACAGGCACACCACUGAGCAAAUCCGAGAAAUGGAAGCGCUAUUCAAAGAGUCACCCCAUCCAGAUGAGAAGCAGAGGCAGCAGCUGAGCAAGCAAUUAGGCCUUGCUCCAAGGCAGGUCAAGUUUUGGUUCCAAAAUCGUCGAACCCAGAUCAAGGCCAUACAAGAGCGCCAUGAGAACUCUUUGUUGAAAGGAGAAAUGGAGAAACUCAGAGAUGAAAACAAGGCAAUGAGGGAGCAAAUAAACAAAUCUUGUUGCCCCAACUGUGGCACUGCAACCACUAGCAGAGAUGCCAGCCUCACGACCGAAGAGCAACAACUGCGAAUCGAAAAUGCCAGACUUAAAUCCGAGGUUGAAAAACUCAGAGCCGCUCUUGUGAAAAAUCCUCCUGGGACAUCCUCUCCUUCAUGUUCUUCUGGGCAUGACCAGGAGAACAGAAGCUCUUUGGACUUCUAUACUGGAAUUUUUGGUCUAGAGAAGUCGAGGAUUAUGGAGAUAGUGAAUCAAGCUAUGGAGGAGCUUAAGAAGAUGGCCACUGCAGGGGAACCACUCUGGGUUCGGAGUGUGGAGACUGGCCGUGAAAUACUUAACUAUGAUGAGUACAUCAAAGAGUUCAACAUUGAAAUUCCUAGCAAUGGAAGGCCGAAGAGAUCCAUCGAGGCCUCCAGAGAGACAGGGGUGGUGUUUGUGGAUAUGCCGCGGCUGGUUCAGAGUUUCAUGGAUGUGAAUCAAUGGAAGGAAAUGUUUCCGUGCAUGAUCUCGAAGGCAGCCACUGUUGAUGUUAUCAGCAAUGGCGAAGGAGACAAUAGAAAUGGUGCUGUACAGUUGAUGUUUGCAGAGCUUCAAAUGCUUACACCCUUAGUUCCCACAAGAGAAGUGUACUUCGUUCGAUGCUGCAAGCAACUGAGUGCUGAGCAAUGGGCUAUCGUCGAUGUUUCGAUUGACAAAGUUGAAGAUAACAUCGAUGCAUCGUUGGUGAAAUGCAGAAAGCGUCCCUCUGGUUGCAUCAUUGAGGACAAAUCAAAUGGCCAUUGCAAGGUAAUCUGGGUAGAACACUUAGAAUGCCAGAAAAGCACAAUUCAGACCAUGUACCGCACCAUUGUCAACAGCGGUCUAGCAUUCGGUGCAAGACACUGGGUAGCGACACUGCAACUGCAAUGCGAACGGCUCGUUUUCUUCAUGGCAACCAAUGUUCCUAUGAAGGAUUCAACUGGUGUAGCCACCCUGGCUGGAAGAAAAAGCAUAUUAAAAUUGGCACAAAGAAUGACAUGGAGUUUUUGUCGUGCAAUCGGAGCAUCAAGUUAUCAUACCUGGACUAAGAUCUCAAGCAAGACAGGGGAUGACAUAAGGAUUGCCUCCAGGAAGAACUUGAAUGACCCAGGAGAACCUCUCGGCGUGAUCUUGUGUGCAGUUUCUUCAGUAUGGUUGCCUGUCUGUCCUUACGUCCUCUUCGAUUUCUUAAGAGAUGAGACUCGCAGGAAUGAGUGGGACAUUAUGUUAAAUGGAGGCCCAGCUCAAACAAUUGCCAACCUAUCCAAAGGACAAGAUCGUGGCAAUGCUGUUACUAUCCAAACCAUGAAAUCAAAAGAGAACAGCAUGUGGAUACUGCAAGAUACCUGCAUAAAUUCUUAUGAGUCCAUGGUGGUCUAUGCUCCGGUGGAUAUCACCGGCAUGCAGUCCGUGAUGACCGGAUGUGACGCAAGCAACAUUGCCAUAUUGCCUUCCGGGUUCUCAAUUCUUCCAGAUGGGCUGGAGUCAAGGCCUAUGGUCAUCACUUCCAGGCAAGAAGACAGAAGCAGUGAAGGAGGAACUUUGCUGACAGCCGCAUUUCAAGUCUUAACUAAUUCCUCUCCUACAGCCAAACUAACUAUGGAAUCUGUGGAGUCUGUCAACACCCUUAUAUCAUGUACCUUGAGAAAUAUUAAAACAAGCUUGCAGUGUGAGGAUGGAUGAUCACCACAACUUUAUUAAUUAGCUAGACAUAGUUAACAGUUAAACAUAGGGUUUUCUUUCUUCUUCUUCUUUUUCGAAUUACCAGUGGUUUUAGCAUAUGUUUUGUGAGUUUGUUUCAUUCGUUUUGGUUGGAAUGGGAGACUUGUACUGGAAGGCAAGUCUACGGCAGUAUUCUGGCAAGAUUUGAUUUAUAAUCUUUAUAGUUUUACAA